GCAGACGGACGCCCGCCAGCCAGCCAUGGCCCAGCCUCUGCUCAAGAGAACUUUCUCCCGGCUGCGAGGCAAGAACCGAUCCCGCAGGAAGACGGAGCCUCAAGCCAACGAUGUCACAGUUCGAUCCAACGUCAUGCUCCACAACUCCAGCCCUCCUUUGCCAGCAAUGACGAGCAAGUCUACGGAGGUACCGGCAGACCCCAAGCCCCCUUCUCUCAGCCACGUGACCGGCGCGGCGAAGCAGCAGCACUGGGUUUGGGAAGGAUCAGAAGCUCCGCAGACAUCUCAAAACGAUGCGGAAAGAAAUUCAGCGGCGACAAAGUUCACGGAGGACAAGGUGCCCCGCGAGCUAGCAGGCGGCGCCACUCAUUCAAACCCAACAGUUGGCAGCAAGCUGUCCGGUAAGCGGGCUUACCUGCAAAGCUUGGAUCGCAGCAGUCGCGACUGGGUGCUGUCCUCGGGAAAGUCCAACACUUCGGACGAGGCCUGCGGCUUGUGGCGGGAAAGCGCAGGCGACAUUUGGUACAACCCCAUCCCGGAGGAGGAGGAUCCGGCUGGACAAUUGUGGCUGAGGAGGGAGCUGAGCUCCGCUCGAGCAGAGGGAAAAGCACAACCGGGACACGCUUGGAAAGACGGACCUUCUAUGGAUACGGUCGGCCACCAUGCCGAUGACUUAACUGCAGAAAGCUCAGACUCUCAGCCCGCCUUGCCAAAGAAAGGGGGUGUGAUUGACAGACUGAGGUCUCCUGGCGCCGUGAGGAAACUCUCCCUAAAGAUGAGGAAACUUCCAGAACUCAGACGCAAAAUCAGUCUACGGUCCUCCCGUGUCGGACAAGGAAGCGACAGAGCAGGAGGAGGUGACGAAAGCGCGACAAAGAAUGCCUCCGACCACAAUGUAAUAAGUCGAUAUCACCUGGAUAGCUCCGCCCCUCCCGCCUUGCCAUUGCGGCGGUCAUCGAGAGUACGCUCAGCCAGUAAAGGAGGUUAUCUUAGUGACGGAGACUCGCCUGAACUGCUGCCACGGCAACCGGCCGAUUUGGGUUCUUUCCCGCUGUACGUGGGCUCCGAGCCUUCUUCGCGAUGCGGCCGGCGUGUCACCGGUUUACUGACCGUUCACCUUCUGGGCCUGGACCAGAUGAAGACAAAGUCAGACGAAAGCAAUGAGAUUUUUCUGGCAAUUCAGAUUGAUGGAAUCACUCGAGCCAGGACUUCCCUCCUUAACCUUCAAGGCCACAGCGUUUCUUUAAACCACACUUUCCACCUGGAGCUGGAGAGAGCAUCUCAACUACGCGUGGUGGUACUCAGGCCAGCUCAGCCAGAAUUGGACCAGAUCAGGAACAAAGUUUGCUGCGUGGGCGGAGUCACUAUUCCACCGCUCUUUAAAGGGAGUCGCAAUCAGCAGCUGUGUGUCAAGCUGGAACCCCGAGGCCUCCUUUACAUCAAAAUGUCACUGCGGGAACAAUGGGACAUACAGUUUGGCAGCUCCUCAACUGCGCCUGCGAAUGUCUUUGGGGUCGAACUGCGCCGCCUUGUGGAAGAGGAAGGAUCUGCCUACGCAGUCCCUCUGCUCAUCCAGAAGACGGUGGCAGAGAUUGAACGGCGAGGACUGAAGGCUGUGGGUCUGUACAGACUGUGCGGUUCUGCUGCAGUGAAGAAGGAGCUCAGGGAUUGGUUUGAGAGCAACAGUUCAGCCGUUUGCCUGGGAGAGGAUCUCUAUCCGGACAUCAACGUCAUUACAGGAAUACUAAAAGACUACCUGCGGGAGUUACCGUCGUCACUCAUUACAGCCACUUUGUACGAAGUGGUGACGGAAGCUAUGAUUCGACGGCCCCCGCCCGUCCCACCGGCGAGUCCUGACCUCCAGUUAGCCGAGAACACCGUGGCGCUGCUUUCCUGUCUGCCAGCGGCAGAGAGGGCCACUUUGACUCUGCUGCUAGACCAUCUCAGCCUGGUGGCGUACUUCAGCUCUUGCAACAGGAUGACACACCAAAACCUGGCCGUCUGUUUUGGCCCGGUGCUCCUCAAACAGACACAGGAGGCUUGGAGCGGAGGCCGGGCAAAAGGAGGGCCAAUAACAGACAAGGCCUUGUGUCAAGGGGAGGAUUCAGCGAGUGCGGUUGAUUUCAAGCGCCACAUUGAGGCCUUGCACUACCUGCUGCAGCUGUGGCCGGUGCCGACCCACCGAAUCCCAGCUGACGACGAUGGCUCUGAUAUCUCCCCUCCUCCCUCCCCCAACCUGACCCAUCAGAGCCCAGACCGUCCCAUUUUGGAGGAGGAAGAGGAGGUGGUGGUGUCGCGGCGAGGGCGAGACGGUGUGGCCCGCCUGGACAGUCCACCCCCUAUCAACCGCUAUGCCGGUGACUGGAGCAUCUGCGGGCAACAGCUUGUAUGUGGACAGGAAGCCGAUUACGACGAGGUGGCGGGGAGUGAAAGUGACCAAGGGGGCGAAGAUGACGACGAGAAGAAAGAAGCGUGGUUCCCAGGAGGCAGCAGAGCGGUCUACGUGGAGGACGUCCUGGACUUUGACGCUCCCUUUAACUGCCGACUCAGCCUGAAGGAUUUUGACCGCCUGAUUAGCGACCUGGACCGAGAGCUAGCCAAACACAUCAACAUUUGCAUGUAGAUGCUGAGGAGGAACCCAAGCCCCUUAACAAAAGCGGAAAGAGGUCCACGCUCAUUGGAGAAUGCAUCGAUUGCCCGACAAGGAAACAAAUUCUCAAACGAGCCAACUGUUGACUUUUUUUUUUUUUGCACUGUUCAAGCCAUACAUAAAACUGCACUCAGAUUUGAUGGAUUUUCCAUAUUGGGGAAUUUCAUCUUCAUUUAAAGAUGCCUUAUGAGCCCCAAAAACAAAAAACAAUCAUUUUGUUUAAAACCGUAUGCGAUAAGAUUUCCCAUACGAUGUCACACAGAAAAAAGCAACUCUGAGUGUCAGUUGGAUUUCUUUUGACUCUUGGUUAUGCUCACCUCAGUAUUGAAGGUAGCAAGUUGGACUGUUGCCAAACAGUGUUCACGGUACCAAGUUGACAGAUGCUGAUCAGCAUUGACGGUACCAAAAGGUGUGACUUAUGCACCAGACUGAGCACACCCUGAUGUGUCAGUAUUAAUGUGUUUUGCACAAUUUCACAAUGCACUUGAUUUUUUUUUUGUUGUUGUCGUUUUUUUUUUUUUUUUUAAAUAACCAAAGUAUGUACAGCAGCUUGUCUGUCUCCAAAAUAAAACUCAUCACUUUUCUCUCAAA